UCAUAUUAAAUACUAAUAAUUUUUUAGUAAGGAAAAUAUGUUUCCUAAUUCAAAGAAUAAUAGAAAGUCAGGCACAACAAACCAAUAUAAAGAACCCCUAAUUAAAUUUCGUAACUCUGAUGAAUUAGCUAAAGCUUUAAUCAAAUCUACAGAAGAAAGUGAGUCAUUUUUGAAAGGAAAUACUUUUGAUAAAAAUGUUGAGAGACAGUUGAAAAUUCAAGAAAUUCCAAAAUCUCGUAAAAAGGUCCAGUUUGCAAAAACUAGACAUACUAAUCGUAGAAGUAUAACAUCCGGGCCAAUUAAAGAAACACCUAUCAUUGAUACAGAUUUUAACUCAGAUUUGGAGGAGCAUUCGAUUAUCGAUGGCGCUCCAAUCUUAUAUCCUUCAUUCUUGCAAAAUCGAAACUACAAUGAAGAGCUAAAUGUUCAUUCUCAAAAAGCUUUUAAGAAAUUGCUUAACAAUAAGUUGCCUCUUGAAAGUAAAUACAACUCUUUAAAAGGAAAACACUCUGCUACAUCUUAUAAUCGCAAGACGAAAAUUGGACCCACUACCAUUAGUGCAAAAGGUAUUCCAAACACUGAAUUUGUAGGUUACCUUCCGGAUUAUAGCGAGAACUCAGAAGAUGAAAAAAUCAUAUAUGGCACAGCUGAAGAUUUUUUAAAAAAACCUCCGAAUAUUAAUUUUGUAGGAAACUUACUGCAAAACUCUCGGCUAAGCACGAAGGAAUACAUUUCUGACAGCUCCGAAGAAGAAGAAACUGCAUAUGGCUCUGCCGAGGAUUUUUUGAGGACAAGUAAAAAUUUUAAUUCUGUGGAAAACUCCUUACAAAACCUACCAACUACUAAAGAUGAAAUAUCUCACUUUAAAUCGGAGGAUUCUGAUCAAUAUGAUUACAUACCCAAAAAAGAGAAAAAUAUGAAUACAGUCAUGGGUUUAUCAAUUAAAAGAAAUGGGGAAUUGUGUUAUCCAAAAGUUUUAACUACGCCACCUAACAUAAGUAGAUAUUUAAUGGACGAAAACUUAAAAGAUACUGAUUUGAAUUUAAAUCAACAGAAAGCCGAAGAUCUAAUUGAGAAACUUAAAGCAAAAUUCAAAAUCACAGACAACACGCAUGAGAAUAAAUCCAAGGAUUUUGAUGAAAGUACUUCAACUCGAUUGCCUAUGAUCAGUCCCAAAGUAGCACAAACCGAUAUUCGUAGUGAUCCCAAGGUAAAAAGUCUACUGGACAAAUUGGCUACCUAUUCAAAUUCAAAUGCUGAUAAAGCAUCGGAACUGGCGUCAAGUAUUAAUGAAACUAAAAACAAAGAAAAUAAAAUUGAUGAACUAAUAAAGCAAAUAUCUUUUUACGCUUCUGAAUCACACAAAAGAGUUAACGAAAUCAAUGCCUUCAUCAGUCAGAGUAAGGAAAGUUUGGAGAAAAACAUGAAUGACCACAUAACAAAGCGCCAAGCCCUUCUACAAUCAAUGCAAGAAAGAUUUUCCAUUAAAAUGCGGGAUAUUGCUGAUACAUGCAAAUUAUUGGAACAGGACAGUAAAGAUGUGGAAAGCAAUGAAGAUACCGAAUAAUUUAAGUUACUCAUUCAAAAAAAACUCUUAAUAUAUUUUAAUUAAAUUUUUUGUUUCUUCAUAGAAAACUAUUA